AACCCCUAUAAAGAAUAUAAAUAAAACAAGCGUGCAUAGAACGACAACAACAAGAAGAGAAGCAUCUGGAGAGAGAGAGAGAGAGAGAGACAGAGAGGAGGCGUACGAUUUCAGCAUCGAAGAAAACAGUACGGAGUUCUUUGUCUGCUCCGGUUCUGUGAGAAGAUAUAAAUGGGGAAAGGAGGUGAAGACUUGAGGGACAAGCAUUCCGAAACGUUAAAGUCAGAUCCUUUUCACGCUUGGGCCAAAGACGUUAGAGAAUGCGAAGAGAAGUUCAAUGUUAGUUGCGAGAGAGGCUUAACCACCGAAGAGGUGUUGAAGCGUCAUCAUAUCUACGGUUUGAACGAGCUGGAGAAGCCUGAGGGGACGUCUAUCUUCAAGCUGAUAUUGGAGCAGUUCAACGACACGUUGGUUCGUAUUCUUUUGGCGGCUGCUGUGAUCUCCUUCGUGUUAGCCUUCGUCGAUGGGGAAGAAGGUGGUGAGAUGGGGAUCACCGCGUUCGUCGAGCCGCUCGUGAUUUUCUUGAUCUUGAUCGUUAACGCCGUCGUUGGGAUCUGGCAAGAGACUAACGCCGAGAAGGCCCUGGAGGCUUUGAAGGAGAUUCAGUCUCAGCAAGCUACUGUUGUGCGAGAUGGGAAUAGAGUGUCUAGCUUGCCUGCUAAGGAGCUUGUUCCUGGAGAUAUCGUGGAGCUCAGGGUUGGUGAUAAGGUCCCCGCUGAUAUGCGUGUGGUGGCUUUGAUUAGCUCGACCUUGAGAGUCGAGCAGGGCUCCUUGACUGGAGAGAGCGAGGCGGUUAGUAAGACUACUAAGCCAGUGGAGGAGAAUGCUGAUAUUCAAGGAAAGAAAUGCAUGGUGUUUGCAGGAACCACCGUUGUGAACGGGAACUGUGUUUGCUUAGUUACGGACACUGGGAUGAGUACUGAGAUUGGGAGGGUUCACUCACAGAUUCAGGAAGCUGCACAGCACGAGGAAGACACUCCUCUGAAGAAGAAGCUUAACGAGUUCGGAGAAGCGCUGACUAUGAUCAUCGGGUUGAUCUGUGCGUUGGUGUGGCUCAUCAACGUCAAGUACUUUCUCUCAUGGGAGUACGUCGAUGGCGGCUGGCCCAGAAACUUCAAGUUCUCCUUCGAGAAGUGCACGUACUACUUCGAGAUCGCCGUGGCACUAGCCGUUGCUGCGAUUCCCGAAGGUCUGCCGGCGGUUAUCACCACGUGUUUGGCUCUCGGGACGAGGAAGAUGGCUCAGAAGAAUGCUUUGGUUAGGAAGCUGCCAAGUGUGGAGACUCUUGGAUGCACGACGGUUAUAUGCUCUGAUAAAACCGGUACUCUGACGACCAAUCAGAUGGCUGUGUCGAAGCUUGUUGCCAUGGGUGCUAGAACCGGAACGCUUAGAUCUUUCAGUGUCCAAGGGACCUCGUUUGAUCCACGAGAUGGAAAGAUUGAAGAUUGGCCAGCUGGUGGUAGGAUGGACGCUAAUCUUCAGAUGAUUGCAAAGAUUGCUGCCAUUUGCAAUGACGCUAAUGUCGAGCAAUCUGACAAUCAGUUUGUUACUAGGGGCAUGCCUACUGAGGCAGCUUUGAAGGUUUUGGUUGAGAAGAUGGGUUUUCCCGAAGGAUCUACUAACGCUUCGUCUUUGGCUGAUGGCGAUGUAUUGCGUUGUUGUCGGCUAUGGAGUGAACUAGAGCAACGGAUUGCCACUCUUGAGUUCGACCGGGACCGCAAAUCAAUGGGAGUUAUGGUGGAUUCCAGCUCAGGAAAGAAACUGCUACUUGUCAAGGGUGCGGUAGAAAAUGUAUUGGAAAGGAGUACACGUAUCCAGUUACUUGAUGGUUCCACUCCAGAACUUGACCAGUACUCAAGAGAUCUUAUUUUACAAAGCCUGCAUGAUAUGUCCACCAGUGCGUUAAGGUGUCUCGGAUUUGCGUACUCGGAUGUUCCAUCAGACUUUGCUACUUAUGAUGGAAGCGAAGACCAUCCUGCUCACCAGCAACUUCUCAACCCGUCUAACUAUUCUUCUAUUGAGUCCAAUCUAACAUUUGUUGGAUUUGUUGGUUUAAGAGAUCCUCCGAGAAAAGAGGUGCGUCAAGCCAUUGCGGACUGCAGAACAGCAGGUAUCCGGGUCAUGGUCAUCACCGGAGACAACAAGAGCACCGCGGAAGCAAUCUGCCGUGAAAUCGGAGUAUUUGAAGCAGACGAAGACAUCUCUUCAAGAAGCUUGACUGGUAAAGAAUUUAUGGAUGUUGGAGACCAGAAGAAUCAUCUGAGACAGACUGGAGGGCUCUUGUUCUCGAGGGCUGAACCAAAGCACAAACAAGAGAUCGUUAGGUUACUCAAAGAAGAUGGAGAAGUGGUUGCCAUGACUGGAGAUGGAGUCAAUGAUGCUCCUGCACUGAAGUUGGCUGAUAUAGGUGUUGCUAUGGGAAUCUCCGGCACAGAGGUAGCAAAGGAAGCUUCCGACAUGGUGUUAGCAGAUGAUAAUUUCAGCACUAUCGUUGCAGCUGUUGGUGAAGGCAGGUCCAUCUAUAACAACAUGAAGGCUUUCAUCAGGUACAUGAUAUCAUCCAACAUUGGUGAGGUAGCAUCGAUAUUCUUGACAGCUGCUCUUGGAAUCCCAGAAGGAAUGAUCCCAGUUCAGCUUCUGUGGGUGAAUCUAGUAACAGACGGUCCUCCAGCUACGGCUUUGGGAUUCAACCCUCCUGACAAGGACAUCAUGAAGAAGCCUCCUCGCAGAAGCGAUGACUCACUCAUCACUCCCUGGAUCCUCUUCCGAUAUAUGGUGAUUGGUAUGUACGUGGGAGUAGCAACGGUGGGAGUAUUCAUCAUAUGGUACACACACAGCAGCUUCAUGGGGAUAGACUUGAGCCAAGACGGUCACAGCCUUGUUAGCUAUUCACAGCUAGCUAACUGGGGACAAUGCUCUUCAUGGGAAGGCUUCAAAGUCUCUCCUUUCACAGCUGGCUCCCAGACAUUCUCGUUCGAGUCGAACCCGUGCGAGUAUUUCCAUCAGGGGAAGAUCAAAGCGUCCACACUCUCCCUCUCGGUGCUGGUGGCCAUUGAGAUGUUCAACUCUUUGAACGCGCUCUCGGAGGACGGCAGCCUCGUGACGAUGCCUCCCUGGGUGAACCCGUGGCUGCUCUUGGCGAUGGCGGUGUCGUUUGGACUGCAUUUUGUGAUACUCUACGUGCCGUUCUUGGCUCAGGUGUUUGGGAUAGUGCCGUUGAACUUUAACGAGUGGCUGCUUGUGUUGGCUGUGUCGCUUCCGGUGAUUUUGAUAGAUGAAGUUCUCAAGUUUGUGGGAAGGUUGACGAGUGGGUACCGUUACUCAACUCGCACUGCUAAGCAAAAGACGGAGUAAAGAAGGAAAGAAUGAUUUAUUAUUAUUAGACUUUUAGUUUUUAGCUGAAAAAAAAAAUCACGUUGUUAAUUAUCUCAGCAGUCGUUUGUGUUACUUCAUUUGAUAAAACAUGAUUCUUAUUUAUUUGUUUCAUGAACAUGUGUUUUUCCAACACACAGCUCUAAAUUGAAAGAUAUAUGUUUCAGCA